CGCAUUCGCUUUCUUUUUGCCCGCCAAACGCCAAAGGCCCUAAUCAAACCGCAUCCUCGCAUCGAAACCUGGCCUCCGCCGCCUUGGUUUGCGAUUUCGGCUUUGUCUGCACCUUCAGGAUUCGUCAAACUGCCCCGACGCCUGCAGCUGCUCCCCCGGCUUUUGGCGAAACGGACCAGCUGCUCGCACGCACGUGCACCCCGCUCCCCUGGUGCUGAGCUCAAAUCAAGCCGCCACCCGCCAGCAACGCAUAAGUGCCCAAAGCGACCAACGAGCGCUUUGGGCGGACGGGGAGCUACGCACCCAGCCUGAUUGAACCACGCAGCCUCGCAACGACCCUCUGAAGCUCAUCGAUUGGACCAGUCCGACGGCGGGCUUCCUAGCCGGCCCAUUGCUACUACCUGUCCAGCCAACUCUGCCAACCCCACCAAGGUUUCCGACAAUAUGCCUUCCGAACCCACCAAAGCCUCUAAUGCGGGCAUCAUCACCGAUGACGCGGGCGAGCGCCAGAUCCCCGAGUCGAAGCGAGCGGAUGGAAGCACGCGCAAAGCCAUCAAGAUCCGUCCCGGCUACCGCCCACCCGAAGAUGUUGAGGUCUACAAGAACCGCACGGCUGCAGCUUUCCGUGACCGAACCACCAAAGGUGGCAUUCCUGGUGCGGCGAGUCUGACGGAUGAAAAGCCCGAAGCCUCUUCUUCUGCUGCGAGCAAUAAGAAUGCGAAGCGUCGAGAAGCCAGGAAGAAGGCCAAGACUGCUGGCGAGGACGAGGUCACAGACGCCAAGCAGCAGCCCGGCGCCGAUGUCCCCAAGGCGGAGGAGGCCGACCCUGAAAUUGAGAAAGAGAAGAAGGCACGGAAUCUUAAGAAGAAGUUGAAGCAGGCCAAAGACCUCAAGAACAAGAAGGAGGGCGGAGAGACGCUACUGCCCGAGCAGAUCGCCAAGGUCAUCAAGAUCAACGAGCUCAUCCGCGAAUUGGAUGCUCUUGGCUUUGAUGCCGAAGGAGAGCCCAAAGCUAAGGGCGAGGCCGAGGGAGAUGCCAAAACCAAAGAUGACUCAAACGAAGCCUGAUGUUCGAGUCAAUGACGUUGUCAUCUUUCGACUCUCGAACCUGAUGCGAUGUAUGGUCGAACUGCUCAAAUAUUCACCGUCAGGCUGCCUGCUUGAUGUCCACACACCGAUAUUAAGCUAAACGUCCAUCCGCCACAGUUACUCGAGCAAAUGAUGCUUGGAUGUUUUCUUUGGCGCACGCAGUUUUGCAAAUACUAGCAGUCCCAGACCUGGCUCUGCUGGCACAUCAUUGGCCCGAUGAGAAAACCGCCUCGCGAUAUGAAGCAUCCUGUUCUAGGUCGAGCAACCAUUUCCAACCCAACCUUCCCACAGCCACGUCUGAGGCAGAUACGCAUCUGGAACUGGGCAUGUAUAAGUCCAAACAGGUGUACUUCAAGUUAGGGAAAAGGGCGGGCCUUAUGCAUGUAUCUUUGCAUUAAAGCGCUCUCCAGCACAUCAUGCGUGGUGAGACUGGUGCGAGGACCAACAGAUGAACGAUGCUGCGGCUAGAGAUGACGGGCCAUGGUCGCAGUACCCUACAUGUACUCCAGUAGGUAGUUGUCUUCAACAAACAAAGUCCUGC